AAAAGCAAAUAAUUUAACUUUGACCAAUCAUUUCUCUUAUGUUUAUCAUUGAUUUAAAUUUUUGUAAUUGCAAACUUAGUAAAGGUCAUCUGAACUUGUGCAACACUUGCGGUCAAACCGGAAUCGGCGAAUUAUUUUUUGAGUAGGACGAAAUUAAAUACAGCAUCAUGGGUCGCAAAUUCGUUGUCGGCGGAAACUGGAAGAUGAAUGGCGACAAGAACCAGAUCAACGAGAUUGUCAAUAACCUGAAGAAAGGUCCUCUUGACCCCAAUGUUGAGGUUGUCAUCGGUGUGCCUGCCAUUUACCUGGCUUAUGUGAAGAGUAUCAUUCCUGACACCAUCAGUGCAGCUGCCCAAAAUUGCUGGAAGACUGCUAAAGGAGCAUUUACUGGUGAGAUAUCGCCAGCAAUGAUCAAAGAUGUUGGCUGUGAGUGGGUUAUCCUUGGCCACUCAGAGAGGAGAACGAUCUUUGGCGAGAAAGACGAGUUAGUCGCUGAGAAGGUUGCCCACGCAUUGGAAUCCGGUCUGAAAGUGAUCGCUUGCAUCGGCGAGACCCUGGAGGAGCGUGAGGCGGGCAAGACCGAGGAGGUGGUGUUCCGGCAGACGAAGGCUCUUGUCCCGGCCAUCGGCAGCAACUGGGACCGCGUGGUGCUGGCCUACGAGCCCGUGUGGGCCAUCGGCACCGGCAAGACCGCCACUCCUCAGCAGGCUCAAGAUGUCCACGCGUCACUCCGCAACUGGCUCGUAGCCAACGUGUCGGCGGAGAUAGCGGGCGCCGUGCGCAUCCAGUACGGCGGCUCCGUGACGGCCUCCAACGCCAAGGAGCUGGCCUCCUGUGCCGACAUCGACGGCUUCCUCGUCGGCGGCGCCAGCCUCAAGCCAGAGUUCGUUGACAUUGUCAACGCUACUCAGUAAAUCUGAGGUCUACAAAACGCCCGCCCAUCACAGCACAAUCGAUCCUUGAUGGAUAUUAUAAGUAAAAUUAUGACAGACGUAACUAAGUAGGUAAGUCUACUUUGUAUCUUGUAGAUUAUCAGUUUUUAUAUUAAAUCAUAUUUGAAACGCGAAAUUUAAAUUUGUUAAGUUUAUACUUUGUUGUCGCGUCUAUUUGCGAUGCAGGGCGGUUGUUUUGUUUGUACCCUGCUAUAAGUACUCAUUUAUACAUUACAUAAUAAACCUAUAUGUGUAUAUGCAUACGAUUAUGUAAUAGUCAUAGUAGUUAUAUGUAGUUAUAGAGGUCGUAUGCUCGCAGUUUGCAUUAUCCGUUUGAUAAGUUAAAAUUUAUAAUAACUUUUCGUUUGUAAGUUUAUAUUAAAUCAAAUUUGAUAUGAGAGUAUGUCUACUUGGUUAUUGUUGUUGUGUAUUUAUAGAGCGUUCGAUUUUUUUCAAAUUAUACUUUCUUUACUGUUAACUGGUCUCGUACGUGAAUAAAUUCACUGUAUUACCGUU